AUGUCGGACGGCGAGCCGUCAUACAUUGACUAUGAAGAGUUUCUCGACCCUGACUUCUCCGCAACAUCCUUUGCGAACACCCUUGUCCUUUCGACGAACAACCUCUCGGAUACACCGCUCGACCUUUCUACACCCCUCUCGCGCGUACUCUUCGAUGUCCAGGACAUUGACACGCAAAUUGAUACCCUUACCACCAAGUCUGCACUCCCGCUGCUAGACUACACGAGAGAACAUGCGGCAUCCAGUGGGAGAAUAUUGGAAGAAGUAGAGGGCCAAGUCGCAAGCUUGACCGAGUCGUACAAGGCAUUAGAGAAGGAGGUGAUUGAGCGACAUGAGGUGGCAGAACAAGUGCGCUUGACUGCCGAGCGCUUGUGCCAGACGGUCAAGAUGGGCAGAGCAGUCGCGCGAUGUCUUAUGCUGGGAAGGCAAUUGGAAGUGCGCAUGGCUGAGAUUGGUGGGGUUGGGAGCGCAAAGAAGGAAGACCAUAGGGCAAUGGUCCGGUCAGCGGACACAUUACUGUCCUUGCGACAGGUCUUUGCUGCCACGGGUCCCGGCGAAGAAGGGGAAGGGCUGGACAAGGUGAACGUUGUUAAUGCCUUGAAGAACGAGCUGUUUAGCCCCGGCGAGAGGAGCAUUACGUCAAGAGCACAGCAGGUGGUCAAAGAGUUCUCCAUGUCGUCACUACUUACCUCGGGAGGCCAGUCCUCAGCAUCUACUUUCGCACAAACCGAAGAUACGAAGUCACGAACGACAUCUGCUCUACUCACCCUGUACCUCCUGUCGCCGACCCCUGCCAAUGCUACCUUUUCACCAACAUUGCUACUUAGCGCACUUCGGGAUUACCUUGAGACACAGCUGAAGUCCUCGUUGGCAUCUCUUGCGCGGUCGCUGGGAACCCUGCCAACUCUCGACCGGACACUUCUUGAAAUCUCGGCCCGUUGCCAAAACAUCGUAGCUCUCGAAACGCUCUUAGAGUCCACGAAAGCUCCGGCGCAUCCCAUACUGCACGAGAUGGCAAAUGAUUCUUCCAAGCCGGGUAAGGCAUCACCGAACAACUUUCUGCAGCCGCUCCUGCACGCGCUCGACACAUCGUCGCUACCCUCAUACUUUUGGCGUUCGCUGGCGUCCAACCUGGCGCCAAGAGUGCAGGACAUCAUGCAUCGUGGUGGGAUAUCCGCGAGGACCCUGCGCUCGAACAAGGACAGGGUUAGGGAUGCUGUGAGGGAUUGUGUGAAUCGGGGGAGCCAGGUGCCAGGCGCGCUGGCAGGCAAGGGUAAGGCGGGCGCGGCCGGGAGCUGGGAGCGCGAGGCGGCCGUCAUGGUGUCGUCGAUCUCGGGGCAGAUACGGUGA